AUGUCGAAGGCAUUCUCCGAUUCAUCGAGUCUAGCGCGCCACCGAAGGGUUCACACCGGGAAGCAGCUUUAUAUCUGCCAGGAACCCACAUGCGAACGAAGCUUUUGUAGUAAAACCGCCUUGGCCAAACAUCACCGCUCGCACCCACUCAGCACGACGACCCGACCAACUUUAGAAGAUGCAAUAUCCAAGCAUUCAUACCAGAACCCCAUUAGUACCUCUGUAGCGAAUAACCAGAGUCUCCUCGCCCAGAAAUCCUACUACUCUCACUCAUUCACGCCGACGCACGAGUUCUACCCUCCCAAAAACAUUCCCAUGACACGACCAGCUGGCGUGCAGGAGGCGCCGCCAGUCAUUGCCAAUAAUGUGCCCGUACCGUCCCCAGUUGACGUGCAGCAUGUUCGGCAACAAUACAUGCAGCAACUCAUGCAACAGCGAUACGACCAAGGCCGUCCAGGCUAUGCACCGCCAGAGUUCCUGCAUCUCUUUGCAGGUGUGCCCACGACGGAAGGACAUGGGCUUAUGGUUACCUAUCCUCAGAAUUUCCAGGGCAAACAAUAA